AGCAGAUCCCAACUCAUACAUGAACCAAUACAACAACGGCAGCAAUUCAACCGUUACUCUUCGGCCUCGCACCCUCGCAAGAAACCUUCGUCGUUGUUGACUUUUUAUUUUUGGCGAAAAUAGCUUUCUUCUGCUUUUCUUUUCCUUCCCUGCGCCCGCUCCCACAUAGCAUUAGCCCAUCAAAAAAAAAAAAACCGAAGAGAAAGGAACUCCUUCAGUAAACUUCAGUCAAGAUGAAGCAGAUGAAGGCGGCCUUCGAGGCGAACAAACACGUCUACGAGAGCGUGUUGCUCACUUUCAAAGGUGUCGAUGGCUUCGAUGUGUACAACUGCUCCGUUCCGUUUUAUUACAAGGGGAAGCACUACAUGUACGGUCGCGUUGAGCGGCCGCACUUGUGGGCCUCUUCGUACGUGCGCCUGUUCGAGGAAACACAAAAAGACGUGUACACGGUGGUACCCGGCUUCUACCUGCAGUUGGAAGACCCUUACAUUGCCAAGAUCAAGAACGAGAUGAUUCUUGGCGGCACCCACGUCCGCAAGGACAAGGGGGAGAUCAGCACCUACUACGGCUACUUUUACCGGGGCACCCCAGACGAGCUAACGUACUUCACGACGGGCCCGGAUUACAUGAAGGACAUUCGCGUGGUGCAGUUGCAGAGUGGGCGCGUUGGUGUCUUCUCGCGACCGCGCCAGGGGAACCGAGCGUCCAUCGGGUUCGCCAUCUUGAACUCCAUCGACGAGCUGGGCGCGGAGACGAUCGCCAGGGCCCCUCCGCUAAACGUUCUCUCGGAGGAUACGUGGGGUGGGGUCAACCAGGCAUAUGCGCUCUCCGAUGGCACUAUCGGCUGCAUUGGUCACUACAGCUUUGAGGAUAAGGACGCAAACGGAAAUCCUCUCAGCGUCUACGUGAACUACUCCUUUGUCCUUGACCCGCACACGCGCGAAAUACACGAUCGAAAAAUCAUCGGCACCAAGAGCUGCUACCCUCCAUGUGAGCCGAAGAAGCCGUUUUUGGCGGACUGUGUCUUCACGUCCGGUGUUGUGAAGCGCAAGGACGGCAAGGUGGACCUCUACAGCGGAGUCGGCGAUCGGUACCAAGGCCGCAUCGUGGUAGACUACCCUUUCCAAGGCCACGGCGACAUCAUCGGCGACUUCGUCUUCCCGACUCCGUCGUCUAUUUAA